AUGAGCAAAAAUAUAUAAGAACCACUACUCAGUGACAGUGGGCUUUAAUUAUAUCAAAGUUUUAAGUCUCAGGAAGAAAAGCCUGAGUAAUUAAUCAAUUUGAAAAGCUUUGCAACAUUAUUAAACGGAAUUGAAGAUCUUGGUUCAGAAAUACCUUUAGAAGGCUCUGAAUUCUAGAAAAAGAAAAAUGAAAUAGCAAACACAAAAAAAAUUGAAAAGUUAUAUAAUUUGCCUGAUGGAAUUUUCUCAUUUUACUGCCCAAGCAAAAGAUUUGCCUAUGUGAUUGUCAAUAGCAAAGAGAUGUACCGAAUAAACAUAAGUGACUCAACUACCAAGAGGCUAAAAGAUCCAAAAGUUAAUCAAACAAUUGAUGCUGCAACAGCUACUAAUGAUUCAUUAUAUAUAGGAGAUGACAAUGGCUAAAUAUUCAAGUUAAAGGAUGGUGAUGAUUUUUGGACAAAGUUUUAAAAAGAAACUGAUGCCACAACUAAAUACCUAGCAGUAACACCAGAUAAUAAGUAUAUAAUUGGAAUUUUCUGGGAUCACACACUACUAUAAUAUGAUCGUGAUGACAUACUUUUGAAAAAGAUAUGUCUUUUUAUGAUAGGGUCAUGCCUCAAUUUUAGUAGUGACAGUAAACUUCUCAUUAUUACUUCAAACUACAACAGCUACAUAACAUUGAUGGAUGUCGAGACUCUUGAGGAACUCCAUACCAUUCACUUACCUGAUGGAAAAAUGGUCCUUUCUGUUUUUAUAACUGAAGACAAUAGUGCUAUAUAGUACCAAUACUUGAGAGAAAAAGAAUUGUAUGAGUACAAAAUAAAACCUAAACCUCUUAUUAAAAUUCUAACUGAAAGAAAAAGAUGUGGGUAUAUGAUUAAAUUUAGCCGUGAUUUUAAGUAUCUGUUGUAUGCCUUUUGGGAUGGCACAGUAAAUGUUAUAGACUUUUAAACAAAUAAAGAGGUAUUAACCUUGGAUAAGGGUGGAUGUCCUAAUGUAGAUAUGACAAAAAACAACCAAUACUUGAUUUCAACUUCUAGUACAUCAAAUGUUUUAAUAGUUCAUUCAAUAGAUAUCAAGACUUUUAAGAUAACUCUAAAGUAUUCUUGGCAAUACAAAAAUGGAUUAAAAGCCCCUUCUAGAUUCUGGCUAUUGGAGUAGAAUGAAAAGCUAGUCGUUUUCUAUGAUAUUUAUCGAAACUAUCUAGCUUUUCUUAACUGGGAAACUGGUGAACAGGAAUCUUAUGAUUAAGGUUCUCCUGUGAAAUGGGUUCAUCAAAAUAAGCUAGGGACUUUCCUCUUUCUGUAUCUAUAGAAUCGAAAAGUAGUUAAAUUUGAUCCUAUAAGUAGAUAAGCUGUAAAAUCAAUUCAAACAAUUAUUUAGUGGCCUAAUAGUUUGGUCUCAUUUGAUAAUGACUCCAAGAUAGUAAUAGCUGGAUGUGGAUUGUAAGUAUGGGAUUUUGAAAAUGAAAAACUUAUUAAAGCCCUAGAUGAAUCAACUACAAGACAUGUUAGUAUAACUCUAUCCUAAUCAGAAAAUGAGCUUUAUUCAGGAGGAAUUGAUAAGCAGGUCAAAAUCUGGGAUCUAAAAAAUAAACUUUUAUUACAGGCAAUACCAAUGAGUUCUGGUCGAUUUACUGUCGAAUUAUCAAAAAAUGAGGAGUACAUAAUUACCACUGGUUGGGAAAAUUUCAUGUGGUCAAUUAAAAACCCAUUAUACUAUCCAAUCAUUGAAAUUUAAAAUUCUGAUAAUAAAGUGCAAAAUUCACAAGUCCAAGCAAUUGUUUCUUAGAAUUUUAAGAUUGUGGAUUUAUAGUAAUCUAUACUUUCACAUUUAGAAGUUGCUCUAUUUUAAAGUUUAAAAUUAAAAGAAGCAAACAUUGAUGUUGCAUUAAAAUGGCUUUCAUAUUAAAACUAAACUAUUUAUCCAUUCAAAUUUACAGCACUUCAUAUUCUAGUAGCCAAUGGAAAUUAUGAUUGCAUUUAAAAAGCUUUAUAGUUAGGAUUUCCUUAUAUGGCUGAUGAUAAGGGUAAGACUCCGUUAACUUAUGCUUUUGAGUAAAUGAAUCUAAAAUGCGUUGAUGAAAUCGCCAAAUAUUAUAAUGAAUCUACAUAAGAUUUUUUGAUAACGAAAAUAGAUUUUGAACAAAUGCUGUAGUGCAAUUUACCAUCAGUUAAAGCACUAUUUGAUAAAAUUUUCACUCCAAUAACUAGGACUAUAGAGGGCAUUCUUCCUGAAUUCGGCACUUUCAGUGAGAAUAUCUACAUUUUUUAGGAUUCAAAAGAUAUUGACUUGAAGAAAAUUUCUGAAUGUGCUGGAGAUGUCGAUGGGGAUUCAGUAGAACCUGUUUAAUACCUUAUUUCACAAUUUCCAAUAAACUUCACUCCUGGAUCACAGGAGAGCAUUAAUAUAUUAAAAAAAUUAGUCGAGGCAGACCCAGAAAUAUUUAGAACCAGUAUUCAAAUGUUUAUUGACUACAAAUGGGAUUAAUUUACAACCUCGCUUAAGAUUCAAGCUUUUAUCUAUUAUCUAUAUCUUUUCAUUAUAUGGAUAAAUGUCAUCUACUCUAGAAACUUACCAAUUAUCAUAGUGGUCUAAAUUUCAACUUUUCUAAUGAUUAUGAUGGAAGGUUUCCAAUUCUAUGCCAGCAAAAGCUAUUAUGUUUAAGAUUUUUGGAAUUUCUUUGAUCUUUCUGGAUUCCUUAUUAUAUUUUCUCUUACUUUUCUGCAAGAAUUUGAAUACACUUUUGAAUACUUUUAGUAAUUAUAAGCUCUUGGAAUCUCAAUUAUUUUUCUUAGAGGGAUUUCUUACUUGAGAGCAUUUGAUAGCACACGCUAUCUAGUUGGUAUGGUUAUUGAAAUUAUUAAAGGAAUGAAAAGUUUCUUUAUUUUACUAAUUUAUAGCAUGCUAGCUUUAGCACUUAUUUAAAUAACUCUAUCUCAUGAAGAAUCAUAAUCAGCAAGUGAUUAUCUCGAUAAUAUCAUUUUAUACUACAGACUAUCAAUGGGAGAAUGGGAAUUUGAUUCAUUCAGUGAAGCAUGGAUUUUGAUAGUAUUUAUCUUCUCAACUCUACUCUUUCCAUUAAUUCUUAUGAAUCUCUUAAUCGCUUUGAUGGGUGAUACCUAUUCAAGAGUAUAAGAUGGAAUUAUUCCCUAUGAUUAUGCACUUAAAGCUCAGUUGUUAUGGGAGCUUGAGAGUUUAAUGCUCUGGAAAAGAAACUAAGGUUCUUCUAAAUACAUGAUUGUUUAUCGGAAAAAAGAUAUUGAGGAUAAUGCGAGCAAUAUUCAAGAAGGCCAACUAAGACAAAUUAAGAGCCUUUGCCUUCAUAUUGCUGCGAAAGUUCAUAAGCAAGGAACUAAAUAAUGA